AGAUUUCAAGAACCACGGAGAGAGAGAGAGAGGUUCUAGUUCAGGAUCAAGAAACUAGGAAAGAAAUUAGAGAGAGAGAGAGAGAGAGAGAGAGAGAGAGAGAGAGAGGGAGAGAGAGAGAGAGGUUGUAAAGAUUUCAAGAACCACGCAGAGAGAGAGAGAGAGAGAGAGAGAGAGAGAGAUGUUCUUGUUCAGAAUCCAGCUACUGGAAAGAAAUUAGACACAGAGUGUGUUCUUGAAUGAAGAUCCACUGCAAAGAUUUUUACUGAAACCCUAGAAAAAACAACCAGCAAUUUCAGGGUCUCGUCAAUUGGGUAUCCUCUUUCUCACUUCCUCUUUCAGAAUGUUGAGGGACAUCAAGUCCUCGCGCCGGUAUUCGGGCAAGAACUCCAACGCAGAGGAAUUUGAGAAUGUGCCGGUAAACCCUAGGGACUCUUUGGUUGCUCAAAUCACCACAGACCCAAUCAGGGCCCCACUAAACACAAUUCCAGAACCAAACCCUAAUCCCAAAUCUGUUGUAGAACAAGAUUUGGGUGGUAGGAGUACUAAGAUUGAAAGAACACCUACGAAGCCUAAAAGCACAAUGCCCGGUCGAACUCCCGAAAAGUCGGGAGUUUCUGCGAAGAACCGGUUUGGGUGGGCCCAGAAGAAUGAAUCCAGUUUGUUUAUGAGUGAAGCGCGUGAUGAGGGGCGCAGUGAUGUGACUGGCUAUGCGAGCCAAGCAAGUAGAGGGGUUGGGAAUGGGGGUUUUGGUAGUAUGGCUACUCCCAGGUCAACAACUCGGACAGUGGGGAGACCUAAUGCUACUUCAAGUUAUACGGAAUGCAAUUCGACACAAAGCACACCAACUAAGAGUGUGUCGAAACCCCCAAAUCCGGGAUAUUGUCCAGCCAGUGUUUCUAGGCCUCAUGUCAAUGGCGGUCCUCGAGUUGGGAACUAUGUCGCGAUGGCCAAAGGGCUUCCGAUUUCUUGUAGUUCUUCCUCUGUUGUUAAUACAGUUGAUGUUCCACAUUUUGAUCUCAAGGAAGAUCCGUCGUUUUGGAUGGAGCAUAAUGUGCAAGUUUUAAUACGGGUUCGCCCACUGAAUAGCAUGGAGAGAAGCAUGAACGGCUACCAUAGGUGCUUGAAACAAGAGAGUGCUCAAUGCAUCACGUGGACUGGGCAGCCGGAAACUCGAUUUACAUUCGAUCAUGUCUCGUGUGAAACAGUUGACCAGGAAACACUUUUCAGGAUGGUUGGUCUGCCAAUGGUUGAGAAUUGUUUGUCUGGCUAUAAUAGCUGUAUGUUCGCCUAUGGGCAGACAGGAAGUGGGAAAACAUUCACCAUGCUCGGAGAGAUUGAAGAGUUAGAACUUAAGCCGAGUCCACAUCGUGGAAUGACACCGCGCAUAUUUGAAUUCUUGUUUGCAAGAAUCAGAGCUGAAGAGGAAAGUCGAAGAGAUGAGAGAUUAAAAUACUACUGCAAGUGCUCUUUCUUGGAGAUCUACAAUGAACAAAUUUGCGAUCUUCUUGAUCCUUCAUCCACAAACUUGCUACUGCGUGAGGAUACGCAAAAGGGUGUUUAUGUGGAUAAUCUCUCAGAAUUUGAAGUGCAGACAGUGGGUGAUAUUCUUAAGCUUUUGAGUCAGGGUUCUUCGAAUAGGAAAGUCGCUUCCACCAACAUGAAUAGAGAGAGUAGUCGUUCGCAUAGUGUCUUUACCUGCGUAAUAGAGAGUAGGUGGGAAAAGGAUGCCAUGUCUAACCUACGGUUCUCAAGGCUAAACCUUGUUGAUCUUGCCGGCUCAGAAAGGCAGAAAAGUUCUGGUGCUGAAGGUGAACGUUUAAAGGAGGCUGCUAAUAUUAACAAAUCACUAUCUACUCUCGGUCAUGUGAUAAUGGUUCUAGUGGACGUGGCGAAUGGGAAGCCGAAACAUGUUCCCUACAGAGAUUCAAGGCUGACCUUUCUUCUUCAGGACUCACUUGGUGGAAACUCGAAAACGAUGAUAAUUGCCAAUGUCAGCCCGUCCAUCUGCUGUGCUGCUGAAACGCUGAAUACUUUGAAGUUUGCUCAACGUGCAAAACUUAUUCAGAACAAUGCUGUUGUGAAUGAAGAUUCUUCGGGGGAUGUCAUCGCACUACAACACCAGAUACGGCUCUUAAAAGAGGAGCUUUCUGCCCUCAAACGUCAGAAUGUCUCCAGGGCUCUGUCGUUUGGUCCAAAAGACAUGAUAGAUAUAACACAAGAACAUGACAGUGCCGAGAUGGAUCUACAGCAAACAGACAAUUGUGUUCUUAAAUUGUCUACUAAACAGUUAAAAUCAUUGGAGUGCACACUUGCUGGUGCCUUGAGAAGGGAAAAAAUGGCAGAAACUUCUAUAAAACAACUUGAAGCUGAAAUCGAGCAGCUGAAUCGUCUGGUUCAUCAAAGAGAGGAGGACACUAGGUGCACAAAAAUGAUGUUGAAGUUUCGAGAGGACAAAAUUCAAAGAAUGGAGUCAGUUGUUGGUGGCUUACUACCGGCAGAUACUUAUUUACUGGAAGAGAACGGUGCACUCUCUGAAGAGAUUCAGCUCCUUCAAGCAAAAGUUGAGAGAAACCCAGAAGUGACUCGUUUUGCUCUGGAGAAUAUCAGGCUUUUAGAACAACUUAGAAGGUUUCAGGAUUUCUACGAAGAAGGGGAGAAGGAAAUGCUACUAGCUGAAGUAUCUGAACUGCGGGACCAGCUGGUGUGUUUUCUUGAUGGCAACUCAAAGCAACAUAACCAUCCAAAAGUGGACCUGCCUUAUCAGGAAGCUCUACAUGUCAGAAAAGAGAAUGAUUCGUUCCACUUCGAGCUGAAUAAGACGCUCAGCGAGUUAGAAGAGUGCAGGAAUAACCUAAGCUCUUGUUUAGAGGAAAAUGCAAGGCUCAGAAGAGAAAUUGAUGAUCUGCAUGCUUCACUAAGUAACCUCAAAACCGCAACCCAUGAUCAUGACAGCAGCGUUGAAGUCAUAAAGGAGCCCAUAUUAGAAGCUCCACCUUUGGAUCAAUCAAUUAAGGCAGCUCAAGAAGAGAAUGGACGGAAUGGACAGGCAAAGAAUGAAAAUCUGUUGGAACACGCAGAAGAAGUCAUGAAAUUACAACUGGAGGUGGAUAUUUUAAAUAUCAUGCUCAAAGAAGAAAGGUCAUCUCAUGCGCAAGUACAGGCAAGGGAACUGUGCUUGAAUAGGGAUCUUGAGAAGACAAAAGAAAACAUUUUGUUGAUAACUAGACUAUUUGAAGAUGUGAAGGAAGAGCUUAAGGAAGCAAAAUCUGUUAUUGAAGCUCUGGAGUCUCAACAAAUACUUUCGAUCAAUGAAAUGGAGGAUCUUAGGAGCAGUAACAGCCACUAUGCAGAGCUUUUGAGUAAACAGGAGCUUGAAAUCUCUACUUUGAAGGAGCAAAUAUUUUGUCAAGAAUUAAGAGCUCCCCGAUUGUUCAAGUGUUCUGAAAGUGAGGACUCUUCUUUACAGGGGAAGUUAAAGAAGAUGCACAGCUCUCUUGAAAAGGCGAGGAGGUUGAAUACACGGUAUCAAAGUGAUCUUGAAUUUCAAGAAUCUAAUGAAGAAGAAAUGGAUGAAGUCAGAAGGCAAGUUGAGGCUGAAACUGCUGAGGUGAUUGUCUGCUUGCAGGAUGAAAUCUCUAUUCUUCAGCAGCAUGUAGAAGAAAGUAGUAAAAGAGAGACAGAGACUGAAGAGAGAUUGUUGGGUCUGCAAACUGAAUUGAAGGACCUUCAGGAAAAAAUGCAUCUCAUGGAGCAAGAUAACACAGUUUUAGGCGAAAAGCUAGAAGAGAAAGAUAAAGAAUCAAGAACAAUGUCCAAAGAGUGGGAAUUGUUGACCAGUGAGAUUGAACUUCUUCUUUCUGAUGGGCAUGAGGCGCUUAAACAUGCAUCGGAUCAGCUGGAUUCUGUUUCCAGUUCCUUUCCUUGGAAAAGAAAUGAAAUCCCUGAACAAGUUGGUAGGAUAAGAAAAGUACUAUCCGAAAAGGAGUUUUUGAUUGAAAACCUCAACCAAUGCUUGGAAGAUGCUGACAAAAGAAGAAGUGAAAUGGAGUGCAUGCUAAGGUCUUUGAGAGGGGCGACUUUGGUUAUUACUGAAGCACACGAGCAAGAGUGCAGGGAAAAGGAGAAAGAAAUCCUCCUGUUGUCAUCUCAGUUGAACUCAAGAAAGUCUACCAUAGAAGAGCUGGAGAAGAGGAUUAAGCAUGGGGAAGAGGAAAUUCAAAAAGCAUCAAUCUGCGCAACGGUUGCUUUUGUCAUUGUGAAUAGGUUCUCUGAGAUAAAUUCUACUCAUCUUGAUGCGUUAGAGCAUAAGGAUGUUUCUCUAAGUACUCGGACUGCUGAAAUUGAUGAAGCAAAGAGACAGAUUGAGUCCCUUGCAAGAGAACUGGAUCUGUCGAAGGAAAGUUGCAGUGAGCUACGGCUGCAGCUUUCUCAGGAGCAGAAGCGAGCUUGUGUUAUGGAACAGAAGCUUGAAGAAGCACGAGAAAGUGACAUUUUGAAGACCACUGAGAAACUUGCUGAGCUAAAAAAUGGUGUUUCAGCAAUCAAGUAUUGCAUGAAUGAAUAUGCAGAGAAGGGUCCAAAUGGUGAGGAAGAUAAUGCUAUUACAAGUCAUGUUUCUCUGUUGACUGAUGGCGUAUGUGAAGCAUGGACAGGUAGUGAAACAAGACAAGAAAUUAGCAACAUAGAUUCAUAUGUUGUUGAGCACCUGAAAAGGGAGAUUCCAGAGGAUCCACAUGAAUAUUCAUCUGGUCAGAAAAACCUCGCAUCUGGAAGAAUUCGGAAGGAUGAGAGUGACAGAGAUGCUACAAUUAUUCUUCUCAAAAAGGAAAUAGAAUCCGCUCUUGAUAGCUUAAAAGGAGUGCAAGCUGAGAUGGCCAGACUGCGUUUUGAGAAAGAAAAGGUGUGGAUGUCUGAAAAAGAAAGUAAGGAGAGCAUCAAAAGUGUUCUGACUCAGGUGCUUUCCUUACAAGCAGCUAUGAUUAACUUUGACGAGGUGUUUGGAUUCAAGAUGGAAUCUUUGGAUCAUAAGCUGCGGACUGUUGAAGAAGCCGGGCAAAAUGCUGGUAGUACAUGGUGCCAGGAAAAAGAGCUACUUGAGCUUGAACUCGGUGAUGCAAAGGCAGUUGCGGUCCAGAAAAUGGCUGAGGCUUCUUGCAUACUUGCUAAAUUUGAAGAGGCCCAAGAUACCAUGAAAGAUGCAGAUAUUAUGAUAAAUGAGCUAGUUAUAGCAAAUGAAACCGCGAAGCUUGAAACUGAAGAGCUGAAGAGGAUGAGGUUCUCCUUGAUCACUGAGAAGGAUAUCCUAAUCCAAGAGGUUCAGAGCUUGCAAACAGCCAAUGAUCAGAAGGAUUGCCAUUAUGAAAAAUUAGAGAAACUCUAUGCUUCAGAUUUGUCAGAAAUGAAGAAUCUAGUCUUGGAGCUGGAGGGUAUCAAUUCACAGGUCCAGAGCACUUUUAACCAAGAUUUUGCAUCUAUAGCCUCUGAGUUCCUUUGCAUGAAGUCCCAACUUCAAAGCUCGAGAAAGUUGAUGCAUUCAUGGAUUGAGGACAUCUGGUCUGAGAUUUUUGUCAAGGAUUGCGCUGUCUCUGUCCUACACCUUUGUCAUAUGGGAAUACUGUUGGAAACAGUAACUGGGCUGAAUGCAGAAAAAGGUUUGCUUCACCAUGGGCUCACUGAGUCAAAUUCUGUCAUAUCAGAGUUGCGGGAACAUAAUUUCAAGUCGAGAAGGGAGCUAGAAAUGUGUAGAAUCCUGAAGAGUAAGCUAUUGGCUGACAUCAAGAGUGGUUUUGAUCGCAUUUCAAGGAAAGAAGAUGAAACCGGUGAACUCACUGUGAAGCUAACUUCUUUUGAGAAGAGAAUAUUAGAUCUACAGCUCCAAGAGGAGUCAAUGUUGCAAAGGUCUAAUCACAUGGGAUCUGAGCUUGCCAUAUUGACGAAAGAGUUAGACCUAAAUAACAGGAAUAUUGCUGCAUCACUGGUGGAUCAAGAAAAUUUUGCGAACGAGCGGGAUGAAGGGUUAAAAUCUCAGGAGGAGAAUUUCGUGCUGGAACUGUCUGCUAAGGACUUUGAGUUGCUUAUUCUGGUGUCAGAGUUAGAACAGAUGGCUCUCCAAAAAGCUAAGAUGGAAAAGGAAAAGCUAAGUUGCUCUGCUGUUCUUCACGAGUUCAAGAGAGAGUUGAUUCUUCUCACAGUUGAUGCAGAGUUGAAGGAAUCGAUCUCUGUCGACAAGGAAGUUGAGGUUUCUCUCCUACAGAAAGAAGUCAAGGAAGCGCAAAGCGAGAGGCAGGAGUUUUUAUCAAAGAUAAAUGAAAGCAACGCAACAAUUGCAGAUAUGGGCAAAACAAAUGAGGCUCUUGAGCAAGAUAUUCAAUUGCUAAAGGGUAUUGCUCUUUCACACGAAACAUUGAAAGGUGAACUAGGUGAAGUGACAGAAGCAAAGAUGAGACUGUUGACCCAGCUGAAAAAUCUUGAAGCUGAGUAUGAAAGAUUAAUGGAAGAUAUUAAGACGAAGGAAGAUGCUCUAGAGAUUUCGUCCAGCUCUAUCUCAGCCCUUGAUCAACAAAACAAAGUGUUGCAGGAUGACAUUUCCUUGUUGGAAGCGUCAUUAGCCGAACUUCAAGAUGAGUUAAGGAUGAAAGACGUUGAGCUAUGCAAGAUGAGCUGUCUUGAGGAGGAAAAUGGGUGUUUGGAAAAUGAACUAAGGAAGGUGAAGGCAGAAUUUUGUUCAGUUAAUGGAAAUUUGGAGGAGAAGAAAUCUGAAGUUGAGUCAUAUAUAAGCCAUACAGUUGCAGUUGAUAAAGAGAAUAAUCGAUUGCUAGAUGAAAUUACUUCCCUGAAGUCCCAAAUUUCCAAUUUAAAGGCUGACCUGGACAGGGUACAACCAGAACUGUCGGAACUCCAACUUUCUGAAUCCGUAGCUAGGGAUGAGUUAUGCUCCAAAGCCCGGGAUUUGCAAAUCCAUGUUGACAGAGUUUAUUCUUUGAAGCAAGAGAAUGUUUCCUUGAGAAAUGAACUCCAAUCUCAAGUGAAACACAAUAUUGAGUUCCUCUCUUUAUGUCAUGACUCGGUUGCAAAUGUAGAAACAGUGGAUAGCAGAAUAUCUCAAACACUGUAUGAUGGCAGCGCUACUUCCGAAAAAAUGCACAAAGAGAUGAGAGAAGUUAUGGAAAUGAUACAUAGGUUCAUGGAAGAGCUGGAGAGCUUGGAAGAACUUGCCAAAGAGCUCAUAUCAGAAAAUUCUACCCUUCAGACUGAGUUAUCAAGGAAGGAUGAUGUUCUAAAAGGAUUGUUAUUCGAUGUAAGCAUGUUGCAAGAAUCUGCAUCAAACACCAAGGACCAGAAAGACGAAAUUGAAGAAUUGGCAGCUUCUAUUGAGGCUUUAGAAGAUGAGCAUGCAGUGAAAUUGCAUGAGCUUAAUGAAGCAGUUGCUAAUGGACAAAUACUUGAAGCUCAAGUGCAGGAGAAGACAGGCAUUAUCUGCACUCUUCAACUGGAUAUCUCAAAAAUGCAUGAGACUGUUGAAUCACUCUCCAACAAAUACCUUGAGCUGACAGCAAACACGGAAAAUGCCUUAGAGGCUAAAAGGUCCAGUGAGGAGGAGUUAACAGAGACAAGGAAGGUAAACGAGACAUUAGAGGCGGAACUUGUCGAAAUGGAAGCUGCCCUUCGUGAAAUGAAUAAUUGUAUUGAGUCCUUGAAGGGCAAUUUGGAUGCAGUUAUUAUUGAGAGAGAUGGUCUCCAAUUAGAAGUCCUUAUUCUCAAGGAGAAUUUGGAGAUGGCACAUGCUCUUGCUGAAGAAAACAAUGCGAUUGCUGUGGAAGCUCGAGAGACUGCUGAGUGCAGAAAGCUCUACGCCGAAGAGAAGGAAGAGGAGGUGAAGCUAUUAGAGAGAUCAGUGGAAGAGCUAGAAUGCACGGUGAAUGUAUUGGAAAACAAGGUCGACAUUGUCAAAGGGGAAGUGGAACGGCAGCGGUUAGAAAGAGAGGAGCUAGAAAUGGAGCUUGAUGCUGUAAAACAGCAGAUGAACAAUGUUAAAAGGGGUGAUACUGACAUAAGAAGGAAUCUAGAUGAGAAAGAGAAAAACCUCCAAGAAGCAUUCCAGCGCAUUCAAAUUCUUGAGAGAGAAAUAGCUGCCAGGGAUGCAGAGAUUGCACAAUGCAAAGUUCAUAUCACUGAGCUAAAUUUGCAUGCAGAGGCACAGGCUUCUGAGUACAAGCAAAAGUUCAAAGCAUUGGAAGCCAUGGCUGAACAAGUCAAACCUGAAGGCCAUCCUACCCAUGCCACAAAUUCACCAUCAAGAAAAUUAGAGAAAAAUGCAUCAAAGUCCAGGGGUUCCGGUUCCCCUUUCAAAUGUAUGGGAUUGGGCUUAGUACAGCAAAUAAAAUCUGAGAGGGAUGAGGAGCUCAGUGCUGGAAGAGCCCGUAUUGAAGAGCUUGAAGCCUUAGCUGCAAGUCGACAGAAGGAGAUCUUCAUGCUAAACACAAAAUUAGCUGCUACAGAAAGCAUGACCCAUGACGUAAUUCGAGACUUGUUGGGAGUGAAGUUGGAUAUGACGAACUAUGCGUCAUUGCUAGAUAAUCAGCAAGUGCAAAAGAUAACAGAGAAGGCUCGCCUUCAUAAUUUUGAAGCUCAAGAAGUUAAGGAUCAGGAGGCAAUGAAGUUAAAGCAACAGCUCAACGAGUUUAUUGAGGAGAGGAGAGGAUGGUUAGAGGAAAUAGACAGAAAACAGGCUGAGAUGGUGGCAGCACGGGUUGCAUUGGAAGAACUUCGUCAACGAGAUCGUUUAAUUACAGCUGAAAUUGAAAUGUUCAAGAUGGAGAACACUAAUCAUAAGAAAAAGAUCAUGGAACUUGAAACUGAAAUGAAGCAGCUGUCUGGCCAGCAGAACCUCCAGCAGCGGAUCCAUCAUCACGCCAAAAUUAAGGAGGAAAACAAUUUCUUGAGAAGUCAGAAUGAUGAUCUCACCAUUAAGCUGAGACGAACAGAUGCUAUUCUUGCACGCAUCAAGGAAGAGCUUGCAAACUUCCGUGCUAGUAACGGAAGAAGCCCUUUCAUCAAUUUUGACGAGGAGAAACGGUUAAGUAACAUGCUAAAGGAAACUGAGGAGGAGAGGCUGCAAUUAGCACAAAAGCUAGUUGGUUUGUGCACCAGCAUUUUGAAGGCUGCUGGUAUAACGAAUCCAGUACCAGAUGUAAGUCUCUCCAUGGCCGAAGAAGCACUAGAGCAGCUCAAGAACCGGGUUACCUCACUUGAAAGAGAGUUGCAAGAUGUCAGGUUCAAGAAUAGAAUAACCAGUGAAAGAGCACGAUUGUCCGAGCUCAUGCCACAACCACCAUCACCAUUUAGCUCGAGAGCAGAUGAGAACCGGCGAACUCCAAAUCGAGCUUCUCAGACCCCAUUUCUCUCUGCUUUGGAUAGAUAAUGUCAACUUGGAGCCUAAAACGGGAGAUAGUUCAACAUGAAUAGUUAGCCUUUUGCUAGCAGCUGCCAAAUUUUCAAGUUUAAGCUAAUGUUUUGUUUGGCUGGUCAUGCUGUAAAUUUGAUUGAUUUUUUUCAUUUGUACAGUGGUUUUUCAUCACUACCACAUUCGAUAGAAUCUGCCUUCGUAGUCUAGAGCUUGUAAAUACUGUAAUCUAUCAUUGUAACCCCUACAGCUUCUUGAUGAGUAAUACAUUAGCGGGUAAGCCCAAGUGUCGAUUCCUCA